AUGGCAGCCCGGGUCGGCACACUCGGCCUUCUCAUCGGCCUCCUCAGCCUCGUCGGCUGCGUGCUCAGUCUUUCGCCGCCGCUCGCGCCGAUCGCCACGCGACUUCCCGCGCGGAUCACGACGCCGUUCGCGCUUGCCGCGCUGAACAGUGGCCGGCGACCGGCGAGAGUGGCUAUGGCUGACGAGCCAGAGGAGUGGUCGCCGCCCGGUGUGUUUUCGAAGGAGAAUGCGGGUCCGUGGGCGAUCCUGGUCAUCAUCACCGCCUUUCAAUACAUGGCGACGCUGCCGCGGGACUCGCUGCCUUCGUGGCUUCAGACUCUGAUCCCAGUCAUCCUCGGACGGCAGUACGACGUGCCCAUGUGA